CUACACACUAGGCAGCACGGGAUCAUCUACCAGUGUGUAUGCCGGACAACUGGGAAUCAGCUGAAGUCUAGCAGUGUGCAGAACACAUUCUGUUAGGGCGGACAACACGAUAUCAGUCUAUUAGUGUGUACAUCACAAUUAAAAACUGGACAACACGAAAUCUCAGACUGUGUAGACCACAACUAUAAAACCGGACAACACAGGAUCAGUUGACCGUUGUGCAGAAACCAAUUAUUGUAGGUCAGGCAAUAACUAGAACACCAGCCAAGAUGGUCGAUCCAGAGAAGCCACGCAUCAUUAGUUUUCUGGAGGUGGAGAGGUCUAAGGCUCAAAGGAAGUGCAUCCUGUGCAAGAAAACAGGUGUGGAGCAGAUGGUCAUCUGUGACGGGUGCAUGACUUUCGGCUACUGCUCACAAAAGUGCUUACGUCUGGACCGAGCCGCUCACCUAGAGCAGUGCCAGUUGAUCGCCAUGAGCAAGUCGCGCUCUUAUGAUCCAGGUGAGGGAUGUCGUCUGGCUGCUAUUGUAACAUUACCUGGAGCAUCAGGUGACGGACACAGGACACCUGCGGGGACAGUGCCAGCUCAGGCAGACGGGUCCCUCCACCGCCAAAAUCUGAACAGAAAGAAGAGAAACAAAAACAGACGACGAAAAGGUAAAUCUGAAGAUACAUACAGCCACGAGCUAAAGACAGAGUUUGGGGAACUCGGAAAUAAACAGGAAAACACAGAAAAAACAAAGGCAGCCUUAGAUACUCCAAGUGACUUUGGCGAAGGAUGGUGGAAGACUAAAUCAAAGACAUCAGGAUCAAAUCCAAACCAAACCAAGUAUUUCAAGGUGCCCGUGAACAAGGAUUCAUGUCGUUCUGCAGAUUUCCCAGAGCCUGAUCGACCAGCAACUAAUGUUCCAGGAAAGAAAAGUGUGAGACAGCAACGAGCUGAAGAAAUAGCCGGCAGCAUGCAGGGUAUGGAGUUCAAACCUCGACAGUGUAGCUCUUGUGACAAAGUGAGCACUCAGCUGCUCACCUGCUCACGAUGCAGCUGUACCUACUACUGCAACAGAGACUGUCAAAUCCAAGACUUCCAGAAACACAAGGAAUUCUGCAGAAGGGCCGGCAAGUUCUGCGAUGCCCACAAGGAGGCUGUGCUAUUAAUGGAACGAUCCUUUGACCAGAUUUUGAGCUCAUUCGAACAGAUGCCAGAUGAGUUUGAAAGUGACUACAAUACAUCAUCAACUAUCCUAAUGGUGCAGAUCGUUGGUUCGUGUAACCACCCCUUCAGGCAUGCUGCAGAAGUCAUGGAUGUACACGGCAACACCACCAACGUUUUCUUCUACACACCGACCAACACCUACACCCGCUACAUCGGGCUGGGCCCCGAGGGUUUGGUGCUCAACAUAGACCUAGAGUUCUGCCUGACCCCCAAGAACUUCAUGAUACUCUUUGACCCACGCUGGCAUUUGUUCCUUGAUGGCACAGUUGGCAUUCGUAUCGAUGACAUGGAGUCUGUUUUCUUCAUACCUACCAUCGAUUCACUUAGAGAAUUUUAGUACCUGAACUUUCUUAAAACAGCCAUUCACAUUUUAGCAUUCUUACUUCGUGGUUAAAGAAGAAGAAAUAAAUCAGACAAGUAAUAAUUUUACUUUUUAAACCUUACAGAUUACAAAGAUUUUAGUA